GAUGAUGACUUCUUCGGAAAACGAAGUUGGAAUUCUAGGUGAAAAAGCUACGGAAGAUUCCGCGAUUUUAGAAGUAAGUACGAUGGCAGUUGGUGGUCUUAUCAAACAAGAAAGCUGCGACGCGGACUUCCUCUCGAAUUGCAGCACUUCUAUGGAAGGUUCUGUGAUAGCAUCCCCUUCUAUCGAUAGUUUUUCUACUUUACCCGAACAAGAGAUAUCAGACUUUCAAACAGACUCCAGGGAUCUACAGGUGAAAGUAGACAAUCCACAGAAGCAUCUUGAAACGCUUGAAACUUAUAUUACUUUUCGUAUAACAACAAAAUCUACCAGGCCAGAAUUUGAAGAGGGAGGAUUUGAAUACAUUGUCCGAAGGAGAUACAAUGAUUUUAUUUGGUUGAGACAGAAGUUAGUGGAUUCAUAUCCAACGCAUAUCAUACCACCAAUGCCUGGUAAACAUACCUUACUAGCUCAGCUAGAUCGAUACUCCAAGGAAUUUAUCAUAGCCCGUAUGAAACUGUUACAUGUAUUUCUUAAUAGAGUUGUUAACCAUCCUAUACUUAGCUGUGACAAAAAUUUGUACAUUUUUUUGACCACUAAACCUGCUGAGUUCCUUAUACAUCGUAAAAAUCGUGCAAAUGUGCUUGUCAAAAUGACUGAUUCCUUACAAAAUAUAGCAAGCACAUACACCAUGAAGCAGCAUCACUUUGAAUUUGAACAGAUUAGAGACUACUGUACAGCCCUUAGUGAGAAAUUAGCAACUAUAGACAAAAUAAAUCAUCGUAUACAUAAGGAGAGGCAAGACUAUUUGCUUGAGCUGCAUCUACUGCACCCGAUAUUCACCUUAUGGGCAACUUCUGAGCCAGAACUUGCCCCUAUUUUAUUAGCAAUCGCCAAAGCUAUAGAAUUUAAUGCAGUGGCUCACCAAAAGCUUCUAGAAAAUGUUCCGCAUGAAGAGCGAGAGUACAUUUCGUAUAUAGAUGCAGUCAAGAGUGCUCUGUCUCGGCGUGAUUCGAUGCAAAUUGAAUACGAAAUGACUGUGGACGAUUUGACGAAGAAAAGAUUUGAAAAAGAUCAGUUAAUGGGGCUCACAAGUGGCACAGCCUUGACGCAAAAUUGGGGUGGAUCGUUGUGGAAGGCAGAGUCACGUGACGAAAAAUUGGAAAGACUGGGACUGGCAAUUCCGAGGUUAGCCAAACAAGCGGAAGUGUUGCAAGAUCGCGUGGAAUGCGCGAAUGAAAAUUUGCGUAGUGAUUUACAAAGAUGGAACAUGGAGAAACAGAUGGAUCUGAAGAAUAUGCUAGUCACUAUGGCCGAUCGACAGAUUCGGCAUUACCAGCAAUGUAUGAACGCGUGGGAGGAAAUUCUCACCGGUUUAAAGUUAGACGGAAUUGGAUCUGAUGUUAGUGUAGGACCGCCGAUUAAAAUACCAGUUUGAACAACAACAAACCCUAUUUUCACAUUUGGACACAUGUACACACCGUAAACACUUCAUGAAUUUAUGAAGGUAAAAUACGUAAACCACAAUGCAUCUGCCAUUAAU